CGGACUCUGCUUCUUCACUGACAUUUCCCCCUUUUCAUCAUUGUCAUCCAGGCAGCCGCCUUCAGAUGUUGAACUCAAUCUCAGAUUGCUCACGAGACAGAAUUAUUCUGGGUGGCUUUGGACAAUCGAAAUCGUAUAAAUGCAGCCUCCAAACUCACUCGAGAAACAACAACACCGGUCUCAGUGUUGACUCGUCUGAUAAUCUCCCUCCAGAUGUUCAUCUCCCCAACGCUUCUCUUUCUUGCAUCUGCAGCUCGGAUAGUUUCGGCUGUCACAGUAGGACCUAUUGGCUCACUAGUGGUGGCCAACCAGACCAUCGCUCCCGAUGGUAUCCCCCGCGCAGCGGUUCUGGCCGGCGGGACGUUUCCUGGCCCUGUCGUGACGGGCAACAUCGGGGACAAUUUCCAGCUGACGGUCAUCGACCAGCAGCAAGACAUUCGUAUGCUCGAGCCCACUUCCAUCCACUGGCAUGGGUUGUUCCAGAACGGGACGAACUACAUGGACGGGCCUUCUUUCGUCAAUCAGUGUCCGAUCUCUCCUGGAAACUCGUUUACAUACGACUUUACCUCACAGCAGGCGGGAACGUUCUGGUAUCACUCUCACCUGGCUACCCAAUACUGCGAUGGCCUGCGUGGCGCGAUGAUCAUUUAUGAUCCCCAGGACGCCUACCUCUCACAGUACGACGUCGACGACGAGUCCACGGUAAUCACCUUAUCCGACUGGUACAACGUCUUCGCAGAAACCGUGAUCGGUGUGGGCGUUCCCUCUUCCAUGCUGAUCAACGGUCUCGGACGUACCGCAGCUACGCUCUCAAACACAACCCUGGCCGUAAUCAACGUCACACAAGGCCUGCGCUACCGCUUCCGGUUGGUCAACACCGCCUGCGACUCCAACUACGUGUUCCAGAUCGACGGUCACACGAAUCUUACCAUCAUCGAGGCUGAUGGUAUCCUCCACGAGCCGUUGAGCGUCGACUCCAUCCAGAUUUACCCUGCCCAACGCUAUUCGUUCAUCCUGACGGCGGAUCAAGCUGUUGACAACUACUGGGUUCGCGCAAACCCGAACACCGGCCCGACUGGCUUUACCGGGGGAAUCAACUCUGCGAUUUUGCGUUACCAAGGGGCAAAUUCAUCAGAGCCCACGACUUCGCAGGACACUUCUGUGAACGGACUAGUAAAUGAAGUCAAUCUACACCCCCUCGUCAAUCCCGGUGCCCCCGGUGGUGCGUUCAUCGGUGGCGCUGAUGUUCAGAUCAACUUGGCCUUGGCGUUCAAUUUGACGACGCUUAAAUUCACGAUCAACAACGUCUCGUUUGUUCCGCCUACUGUUCCAGUGCUGCUUCAGAUUCUGUCUGGUGCACAGAACGCGCAGUCACUGCUCCCUACGGGCUCGAUCUUCACGCUUCCGCAUUUCGCGUCAGUUGAAGUCACUCUUGCAGGUGGUGUAAUCGGCGGUGGCCACCCCUUCCAUCUACACGGACAUGCCUUCGACGUGAUUCGCGCCGCCGGAAGCAGCACCUACAACUACGCCAACCCCGCUCGCCGCGACGUCGUCAACAUUGGCACCACCGGAGACAACGUCACGAUCCGGUUCUUCACGGACAACCGCGGACCGUGGUUCCUCCACUGCCAUAUUGACUGGCAUUUGGAAGCUGGCUUCGCCAUCGUAUUUGCUGAAGAUGUUCCCGACUGGGACUCGCAGCUGAUUCCGACCUCCGAGUGGAACCAGCUGUGUCCCCUCUAUGAUGCGCUCCCGGCGUCCAUCACGUCGCUCGCUGCCUGAGCCUUCGAUGUAUGCAAUAGCACAUUUCUGUAAUCCGUUUCAUAUUCGAAUUCUUUGUUGAUUGAUUAUCCUGAAUAAAUUUUUUCUUCUGAC